AUGGGUCCCUGUACGGCCUCCCAUUGCUGCUGUCUCCAUCGCCACACUCUGCCAUGUGCCACUUUCAGGUCUCCUCACACUGCUGCGGUGUUCCAUUUUGUCAUAGGUUGCUGGCAGAUUACGGGCCUCCCAUAGGUGCCGCCACAGUGGCCCAAAUGUAAUCUGGCCAUGGGCCCCCGUACCGCCGCCUGGUCAUGCUGCUGCCUGAGUCCCACAGUGUCUCACCUGGGUCCCUGUACGGCCUCCCAUUGCUGCUGUCUCCAUCGCCACACUCUGCCAUGUGC